UCUGAGCCUACGGAAUAGCCAUUUGGCCCCGGAAGUGCGGUUCGCUGGGAACUGUCGCCGUGGACGGCGGCGGCGGCGGCUCGGCGCCGGUAGUGGAGCUGCCGAGGUCCCCACGCUGGACACUCCCACUACCAUCUUUGGAAGGUGAGCAUGGAAAGAACUGGGCCUGGGAGUCAUUUAGACUUCUGCACUGGAGGGUCACCCAGCACAAUGCCAGCUCUGCCCUUGGACCAACUCCAGGUCACCCACAAGGACCCGAAGACAGGAAAGCUGAGGACUUCACCAGCGCUGCGUCCGGAGCAGAAGGCAGACCGGUAUUUUGUGUUAUACAAACCGCCCCCUAAAGACAACAUUCCCGCCCUAGUGGAGGAGUACCUGGAACGCGCCACCUUCGUAGCCAAUGACCUCGACUGGCUCCUGGCCUUGCCUCACGAUAAAUUCUGGUGCCAGGUUAUCUUCGACGAGACCCUGCAGAAGUGCCUGGACUCCUACCUGCGCUAUGUGCCCCGAAAGUUCGAUGAGUGGGUGGCCCCAGCCCCUGAGGUUGUUGACAUGGAGAGAUGCCUCCAUCGAAGUGUUUUUCUCACCUUCCUCCGCAUGUCCACUCACAAGGAAUCCAAAGAUCACUUCAUCUCCCCCUCUGCAUUUGGAGAAAUCCUUUACGACAACUUCCUGUUUGACAUCCCAAAGAUCUUGGACCUCUGCGUGCUCUUUGGAAAAGGCAACUCGCCAUUGCUCCAGAAGAUGAUAGGAAACAUCUUUAUCCAGCAGCCAAGUUACUAUAAUGACCUCGAUGAAACCAUGCCCACCAUCCUUCAGGUUUUCAGCAAUAUACUCCAGCACUGUGGUUUGCAAGGGGACGGGGCCAGCACCACACCCCAGAAGCUCGAGGAGAGGGGUCGGUUGACCCCCAGCGAUAUGCCUCUCCUGGAAUUAAAGGACAUUGUUCUUUACCUUUGUGAUGCCAGCACCACGCUCUGGGCCUUUCUGGGUGUCUUCCCUUUGGCUUGCCGGACCUUCCAGAAGCAUGACUUCUGUUACAGGCUAGCCUCCUUUUAUGAAAUAGCAAUUCCCGAACUGGAGUCUGCAAUUAAGAAGAGGAGGCUUGAAGAUAGCAAGCUGCUAGGUGACCUGUGGCAGAGGCUGUCCCAUUCCAGGAAGAAGCUACUGGAGAUUUUUCACAUCCUCAUGAACCAAAUCUGCCUUCUCCCUGUCCUAGAAAGCAGCUGUGACAACAUUCAUGGCUUCAUCGAAGAGUUCCUUCAGAUCUUCAGUUCCCUGCUGCAGGAGAAGAGGUUCCUCCGGGACUAUGACGCACUCUCCCCUGUGGCCGAUGAUGUCAGCUUGCUGCAGCAGGCCUCAUCAGUCUUGGACGAGACACGGACAGCCUACAUCCUCCAAGCGGUUGAAAGUGCAUGGGAAGGGGUGGGCCGACAGAAAGCCACAGAUGCAAAAGAUCCAUCGGUGGCCGAGGAUCCAAAUGGGGUCUUGGCAGCGGCAGAGCCAGUCAGCGGAUUGUCACCACAUCCAGAGAACUUGGAGCAAGAGUGCAUGGGUGCAGCUGCGGCCCUGGGGCCCCCCGUGGGUGGUGUGGAGCUGGACUCGCUCAUCUCCCAAGUGAAGGACCUGCUGCCAGACCUUGGUGAGGGCUUCAUCCUGGCCUGCCUGGAGCACUACAGCUACGAGCCGGAGCAGGUGAUCAACAACAUCCUGGAGGAGCGGCUGGCCCCCGCCCUCAGCCAGCUGGACCGCACCCUGGACAGACAGAUAAAGCCAGACCCAACGCCCCUGCUGACAUCUCGUCACAACAUCUUCCAGAACGAUGAGUUUGACGUGUUCAGCAGAGACUCAGUGGACAUGAGCCGCGUGCUCAAGGGCAAGAGGAAGGAGGAGAACACGCGGAGCCUGCUGAACGACAAGCGGGAGGUGGCAGCGCAGCGGCAGCGCUACGAACAGUACAGCGUGGUGGUGGAGGAGGUGCUGCUGCAGCCAGGUGAGAGCCUGUCUUCCCUGGGUGGCGACUAUGAGGACGAGUACGAUGACACAUACGAUGGCAACCAGGUGGGCGCCAAUGACGCCGACUCGGAUGACGAGCUCAUCAGCCGCAGGCCCUUCACCAUCCCUCAGGUGCUGAGAGACAAAGUGCCCAGAGAAGGGCAGGAGGAGGACGAGGAGGAGGCGGCGGAGGAUGAGGCCCCCAAGCCUGACCAUUUUGUGCAGGACCCUGCGGUGCUGAGGGAGAAAGCAGAAGCCAGGCGCAUGGCCUUCCUUGCCAGGAAGGGACACCGGCAGGACAGCUCGACAGCUGUGGCAGGCGGCCCCCGGGGCCACGGGCAGAGCCGGGAGACAACCCAGGAACGCAGGAAGAAGGAAGCCAGCAAGGCGGCGCGGGCCAACCACAACCGGAGAACGAUGGCCGACCGCAAGAGAAGCAAAGGCAUGAUUCCAUCCUGAGGCCGCCGCGCGAGGGCCAGCGGGAGGCAGCAACGCCUGACCUGCCAGACUGGGUUCCCACAGCCUUGGGCCCCUCUACUAGUUGGUCCGCUGCAAGUUCAACAUCACCCCUCAACAGCCUCAGCUUUGCAGCCCCUGAGAAGGCCGCCGCAUUGUCCACCAGCCAGCGCGAGCGCCUUCUGCAGACCACACAGUGCCUUAUCCUGCAGCAGAGGAACCCACGGGGCCACAAGCAGGUGAAAGGGACAGGGACGGAGCUCCGAGACAGGCCCCCCAGACCUCGUGCAGCAAGACACCGCUUCCCUUUUGCCCUGGAUGGCUGGAAACCUCUAUAUUCAAAAACAAAAAAGGCCUGUGAAUAAAGGUUUUGACCCUUUCAAGCAAUGAUCCAUGAUGUGCCUGUGACAUGCUCCCCCUGGGUCCUGUUCUUCAGGGACAGCCGCUAUCUGCAGAGGAAGACAGCAAGAUGGACACUGUGCUCUUUUCAUAGGCCUUUCGUGCUUGCCUGUCAUUUUAACCCCUCCUGAUGUUGCUCUGCCUUGCUGUGUGGCCCUAAGCAUAUCACUCCCCUCUCUGAGCCUCCACUCUCUGCCUGUGGAAGGAAGGGCUGAGGGUGUGAGGCCCAGCAGACCUUUCCAUGAUCUCAUUUUGUCUCCACAACCUCCAUCCUGGGAGGUAGGUACCAUUUUCAGCCCCACAGGACAGAUGAGGAAGGUGAGGCACAGAGUCAGGAUUGCCUGCCCAGGCCACAGCUAAAUAGCGGGAGACCAGGGGCAGGACACUCAGUCCGACCCCGGGUCUUUAUAGGGUCCUAGGCCUUCGUUGGUGGUGUCAUUCCCAUCUCAUAGCUGGCCUGAGGGUAUCUGGCUAGGAGGAGAGGCAGUGCCAGAACUCGGUGCCUGGUUGUGCGUACACACCAUUAAAUCCUCCAAAAUCGAAGAGUAGGAGACUGGAAGGAACAAUUGCCAAGCCCUGUUGAAGUGAGUGGGACUCAGCCCCGCCCAGGCAUGGCCGACUGGCUCCUGGAAUGGCAGCAGCUUCCAGAGAUCCCAAUCCUGGGCCUCCAGAAUGCUGCUGAUCAGCAGCAGAUCAAUAGUGGGUCCUUUGCCGGGCCGAUCCAAAUCCAGCCUGGCCUGCAGUCCAUCAGGAGAAGCCAGCGCCCCCACCCAGCUGGGCCCUGGCACAUCACCCUAAAGGCUAGUACGCUUUAUUUGCACGUGGUUAGGAGGAGCGUCUGAAGCAGUGAGGCAGACAGGCAGUCGACAAAUUGUUCUCCUUAGGCCCAGCUGCACACGUGGGAAUCAAUAGCGAUUCCUCUGAGUCUCUGGGUUGAGAUGCAGAGCAGAUACGGGGCGGUGUCCUCCCCUCACAGUGCCAAAUUAGCUGAGGUCAGGCUCAGGGUCAGCCAUCCUGACAGGCAGCAGGGAGACUGUUUCCUCUCGGGGCAUUUGCCAGGGACUGAGCUCAAUGGCAGGAUCAUUCCUGUUCUCUCUCACUGAGCUCCUCGGACUCAACUGUUGGCCCUGGCACCAGGCGAGGUGGGCGGGGGAAGCUCCUGGGCCUUGCCUGCCUUACCUGUUGCUGUUCAUACGCCCCUUCUCACCUUCACUGUCGCCUGCAUCCUGACCACCUGGAGCAGUGUUCAAGCCUCACAUGCGCAUCCUGAGUCAGAGGAUGUGGGAAGACAGGCAGUUUUUCAAAAUGUCCCUUGAGGAACUAUGUACUUUCUCAUUUCAGAUCUUGAAGGCACCCUUUCAAGGAGGUUUUGCAAACAGCUCAGGGGUCAUCCAGAAUGGUGCUGGGAGGCACACCCCUCCACCUCUCAGGGCCUCAGUUUUCCCAUCUGUAAUGUUGGGUAUUUUGGACCAGAUCAAUGGUUUCCACUUGGUGCCAAUUAAAUCCUCUGAGGAAGCCCCAAGGUUUAAGAUGGGCAAUGGCAGAAGUGUUAUAAGUGAAGUGUGGUGGUGGCCCUGAACCCUGCCCGCUUGGUCACCAGGCCCCACCACUGCUAUUAUGGCUCCUGAGCAGGAAUUUUCAAGUGUCUUCUCUGUACCCUGGCAGAGGGCAUGACUAUCACAGGCAUUUCCCAGGAAGCUUUUAGGACCUUGUACCUUCAAGAGGAGUUAGGACUUGAGUAUCUUUCUAGUCCAUGAGUGGCAAUAAUGGCAGAUGUGCUAUGUGAGCAGUGGUUCUGUGCCUUUGUGAAGUGUGGGGAGCAGAGCUUGUCAUUGUUUAUAAAAGGGACCUUGGGAGCCCAGAGAGGGCAAGUAACUUGCCCAAAGCCAGUGGCAAGUUAGUGGCAGAGCCUGGAUGCAGAUCCUUCCUGAGUGACCCUCUCUGGCAUCCAGGUGCCAUCUGGAAGAGGAAAUGACUGGCAAGAACCUACCUGUGCCUGCCACACCUGAAGCCUGCGUUAAAUACUACAGGGAGGUAAACAAACAAAAAAACAAAA